UCCUGUUAAUACGGCGACUGUUGAGCACCGUCACCGGUUGGCGGAGCCACUCAAGUGAUGUCAUGUCAGGAAUUCCUCUCCCUGUAGGGCUCCGUGUGACGAUCAUGCUUCAGACACUGCUGGGAGGAAGCUGCACGUACUGUAUACACGUGAGCCGUCAUCUACCAUGUUUCCUGACGGUGUUUUCAUCUGAACCCCGCUCCGCUGCUGGAGGUGAUGCGUCUGUGUGGUUGUGGAAAAGAAGUUAAGGUUUAAUGACAAAACUUAGAAAAGAGAACAUGGUCAACUGCAUCUCCAUCUGCAUUUCCUGCUUAUAAACACAAGAUCAGAGAGCUGUACUGCUACAAACCAGGCCGACUUGAAUGUCCGCCAUGUUCUCUGAUGCACUAGAAGCAGCGGGGCGGGUGGAGGGCCUGCCGCUGUCCUCCCCACAACCGCUACCAGAGCUAGUGGACGAGGAAGCAGAGGCAUCAGUGGAGAGGGGGCCGAAGAGUCGAGGUCGCUAUCGGAAAAGCCUGCAGCUUUUAAAGCCCUUCAGGAUAACACAUAAACACCAGCACCCAGUCGAUAACGCCGGCCUCUUCUCAUUUAUGACUCUGCAAUGGCUCUCCCCACUGGCACUGAAGGCCUUCAAGGCAUCCAGCUUGUCUAUAGAUGAUGUGUGGGGACUGUCUUGCCAUGAAGCCUCUGAGAUCAACUGCCAAAGACUUGAAGCUUUGUGGCACGAUGAGCUGAAAAGAAGAGGGCGAGAGGGGGCAUCCCUGACAAGAGUCUUCUGGAGGUUCUGCCAAACCCGCAUGCUGGUGGCCAUCUUUUCCCUCCUCCUCACAAUGGUGGCAGGCUUCGUUGGGCCUGCUCUUUUGGUCCGAGCUCUGCUGGAGUAUUCCCAGAGCCCAGUGAGCUGCAUGCCGUACGGCCUCUCUCUGGUAGCCGGGAUCUUCCUCGUGGAAUUGAUACGCUCCUGGUGUAUGUCGCUCACAUGGGCCGUCAACUACCGCACUGCAGCACGCCUCCGUGGGGCAGCUCUUACUUUUGCAUUCAACAAGAUCCUCCGCCUACGCAGCACUAAAGACAUCAGUCCAGGCGAGCUGGUCAACAUCUGCUCCAGUGACGGCCAGCGGCUGUAUGAAGCAGUGUCAGUGGGCUGCCUGCUGGCCGGGGGGCCCCUGGUGGGAAUACUGGGUCUGUCCUACACUGCAUACUUCCUGGGCCCCACAGCUCUGCUGGGGUCAGCAAUUUUUAUCCUCUUCUACCCUACCAUGAUGCUUGCAUCGAGACUGACGGCUUAUUUCCGUAAAAAGUGCGUGGCGGUGACUGACCGGCGCGUGAGGCUGAUGAACGAGAUCUUGGGCUGCAUAAAGUUCAUCAAGAUGUAUUGCUGGGAAGAAGCCUUUGCACAGAAUAUUCACAAGGUGCGGUCAGAAGAGAGGGGGAUACUGGAGAGAGCUGGGGUCAUCCAGAGCCUCACAGUGGGUGUGGCUCCCGUCGUCAUGGUGAUAGCAUGCGUGUGCACUUUCACCCUACAUAUGGCUUUGGGCAAUGACCUUACUGCAGCUCAGGCUUUCACUGUGGUUGCAGUUUUCAACUCCAUGACCUUUUCCCUGAAAGUCACACCACUAGCUGUGAGAUCACUGUCGGAGGGUGCUGUCGCAGUCAAAAGAUUUCAGAGGCUCUUUACGAUUGAUGACAGAGAGGUUGUCUUGGUCAAAAUGGAGGAUCCUAGCAAUGCAGUGGAAUUUCAGGAUGCAACACUGGCUUGGGAAAAGGCACGCUCUCCACCUGCAAAAACUAACCCGCGUUCCAAGAAGCGAGGAGGAAUGAUGCGCGUGCUGCGCAGGGAGAAGCUCAGCCUGGACAUUUCCACAGAGGACGGCAAAGUAAACAAGGAGGGUCCCAACGCACAAAGUCUCCUCACAAAUAUGGAGCAGGAGAGUCAACAAAGUACCAUCUCCUCCACUCAAAGCAUGCGACCUCCACUGCACAAGACCCUGCACCGCAUUGACCAAAGCAUUAAGACGGGUUCACUGGUUGGGAUCUGUGGAGGUGUCGGUAGUGGAAAAAGCUCCCUUCUGUCUGCUCUACUGGGACAGAUGACCUUGUUAGAGGGUAAUGUAGCUGUCAGUGGUGGCUUCGCUUACGUUCCACAGCAAGCCUGGAUCCUCAAUGAGUCACUGAAGGAGAAUAUCUUGUUUGGAAACGAGUGUGACUUAGAAAAAUAUAAUGCUGUCCUAGAAGCCUGCUGCCUUCUCCCAGACCUUGUAGAGCUUCCAUAUGGAGACAUGACUGAGAUUGGAGAGAGAGGUGCCAACCUGAGUGGAGGGCAGCGUCAGAGAGUGAGCCUGGCACGUGCCCUCUACAGUGAGCGGCCCAUACUUCUCCUGGAUGACCCUCUCAGCGCUGUUGAUGCUCGUGUCAGUAACCACGUCUUCCAUAAAGCUAUCAGGGGUGCCGCCAAAGGCAAGACGGUGCUCUUUGUAACCCACCAGUUGCAGUAUCUGUCUGAGUGUGACAACAUUAUUCUGAUGAAGGACGGGCAGAUUGCCGAGCAUGGCACCCAUGCUCAGCUAAUGGGUAAAGAGCGUGACUAUGCCAGCCUAUUCAACAGCACGCUACAGGAGAAUCUGGUGAAAGAGAAUUUAAAAAACAAACAGUGGAGGGCAGGUGCAGAAAAGGCUGACAGUGCUGUUGAUGUUGCCAAGGUCGGACCACAGGUGGAAAAUAAGAAAGGAGAACGAUUGAUGAAAGCUGAGGAGAAGGGCUCGGGUGCAGUCGCCUGGUCUGUGUAUGGUGCCUACAUCAAAGCAGCAGGAGGUCCAAUUAUCUUCAUCAUCAACAUCUUCCUCUUCCUCUCCACCACAGGCAGCAUAGCUUUCAGUAACUGGUGGCUGAGCUACUGGAUCAAGCAGGGCAAAGGGAACACAUCAAUAAUCUUGGUGAAUGAAACGAUGGCGAGCAACAGCAUGAGACUCAACCCUCACAUUCAGUACUAUUCAACUGUUUACGUUGUUUCCAUGGGAACUGCUUUGCUGCUGAAGACAAUGAGAGGGCUGGUGUUUGUGAAGUGUACGAUAAAGGCUGCCUCCGUGCUCCACGACAAGCUGUUCUCCCGGGUCCUCCUCAGCCCCAUGCACUUUUUUGAUACAACACCUCUGGGUCGUAUCCUGACACGCUUCUCCAGAGACAUGGAUGAAGUUGAUGUACGUCUCACCAUGCAAGCUGAGAUGCUGCUGCAGAACCUGACCCUGGUGCUGUUCUGCUUCGGAAUGAUGGGAAUCGUCUUCCCCUGGUUCCUGAUCUGCAUCUUGCCCAUUGGAGCCUUCCUCUACAUUGUCAACCGUAUCUGCAGGGUUUUGAUUCGCGAGCUGAAGCACCUGGAGAACAUCAGCCAAUCACCACUGACCUCUCACAUCACCAGCAGUCUUCAGGGACUCUCCACAAUCCACGCCUAUGGAAGAGGGCACGACUUCCUCCAAAGAUAUCAGGAAUUACUCGACAACAGCCAGGCCUCCAACUACCUCUUCAGCUGCGCUAUGCGUUGGCUGGCUGUCCGCCUGGACCUCGUCAGCAUCUUUCUUAUCACCGGUGUAGCCCUUUGCAUUGUCUUCAUGCACAAUCAGAUACCUCCAGCCUAUGCAGGCCUCGCCAUAUCGUAUGCAGUGCAGCUGACCGGCUUGUUGCAGUUUACCAUGCGGCUGCUCACAGAGACUGAAGCUCGGUUUACAUCGGUUGAGAGGAUCAAUCAUUAUAUAAAGUCUCUAGAGAGUGAAGCACCCCGUCAAAGUCCUGAAGCAGAUGCUCCUGCCCCCUCUUGGCCUCAGCAAGGAAACAUCACCUUCCAGGAUGUGGAGAUGCGUUAUCGUGAUGAUCUGCCACUUGUGCUUAAAAAUCUGUCCUUCACCAUCCUGCCUGAAGAGUCUAUCGGCAUUGUUGGCCGCACAGGUUCAGGAAAGUCCUCUCUGGGUGUAGCUAUGUUCAGACUUGUGGAGCUGACUGGAGGCUCGAUUAUCAUUGACGGAACCAAUAUUGCAAAGAUUGGUCUGGAUGACCUGCGGAGCAAGCUAGCCAUCAUUCCUCAAGAGCCGGUGCUCUUUAUCGGGACAGUCAGGACCAAUUUAGACCCGUGGGAUCAACACUCUGACUCCCAGAUAUGGGAAGCUCUUGAGAAGACACAUAUAAAAGAGAUGAUCAGCCAGCUGCCUCAUUCGCUCCACUCAGAGGUGACAGAGAACGGAGAGAACUUCUCAGUGGGAGAACGACAGCUACUCUGUGUGGCUAGAGCUCUGCUGCGCAACAGCAAGAUUAUUAUAUUGGACGAGGCAACAGCAGCCAUCGACAAUGAGACAGAUCGUCUCAUCCAGAAGACCAUUCGUUGUGCGUUUGGCAGCUGCACCACCCUCAUCAUUGCCCAUCGUCUCAACACAGUGAUGAGCUGCAGCAGGGUCAUGGUUCUGGACAACGGCCAGGUUUUGGAGUUUGACAGCCCUGCUGCCUUGCUGGCAGAUGAAAACUCAAGAUUUAGAGCCCUGAUAGAAGCAUCAGAAAACCAAAGCAGAUAAAAGACUGUGGAGUUGAACUUUGGAUGUGAGCCGUGAUGCCUCAAAAUAUUCAGUGGAAUACCUGAAAUGCACAAAAAAAAAAACACACACACAAUGGACUCAGUCCUGCCUUGGUGUGAAAGUGAUGUGUUAAAAAAAAUACAGAGGCUAUUGUGAUGAUUGAUUAUUUCCAAACCAAAGACCCAGGGACCACAUUUCUGAAGGACACAUCAAAUCUCACUAUGCAAA